UUUGCAGGGACUUUGCCAUGACCGACGGCGCCGGCAAAUUGGCGGCCGAUGCUCCGCCGGCGUUGGUGUUGGGCACAUUUCGAGAUCACCGGGAUCUUUCACAGCGCCUUGCGCGGUUCGACUUUGAAUCGCCGGCACCUGGAAGCAGCUGGGACGUUGUCCUGUGUGUUGGUGGUAGUCGAUUUCACGCUCACAGGUUCAUGUUGGGGCUGAGCUCAAUGCCGUUGAAUGCGAUGCUGACGGGUCGCAUGCGUGAAAGUUCACAAAUGGAAGUAACCCUCAACGACGUAACCAGUGCAACAAUGGCUCAGGUGUUAACGUUCAUUUACACUGGGGAAGUGCAACUCGCCACACAUACCGUCGUGCAGACGCUGUCAGCGGCGGAGAUGUACGAGCUCGUUGGUUUGCGAGAAUUGUGCAAAGCAUUCAUCUUGCAACAUGCGGCACAUGUGUUCAAGCCGCAGAUGAUCGAACCACUGCCAGAGAAGCUGCUCUGCGAGUUGAUUGCGAUGGACGAUCUACAGAUUCGCGAAUCCGCAUUACUCGACGCCAUCCUUGCAUGGGGUGAAGCAAGGCUCGGCGACGCUUCGACCCCUCAUGGACCUGCGCUGCAAGCCAUCCUCGCCGACAUUCUCGCGCUGAUUCGGUUUUCCUCCAUGAGCGUGCGCGAGCUGUAUUGCAAAGUCAAGCCUCUAGCGGCUGCGGGCGUGAUCCCAGAACAUUAUUUAACCGAGGCGCUGUUCUAUCACUUGAACUGGGGGGCUGCGACGUCCCAAGACCAUCAAGUUCGUAUGACCCCACGAACACUCUCGACGACGAUGAGGAAGCGAAAGCGCGUUUCCUUCAUUCAAAACGUGUCGUUUAGCGAGCCCGAGUCUGCGCACGAGUGAAAUAGCGCACCACAUGAAGUCAAUGAUGCCUUGCCGUGGUUGUAUGUAUCCGACGUGGGAUUUCGAAUAUAGCCACGGCGUUGUGACA